UAACUCUUUGUAACUUCAUUAUCUAGCUAAUGAAGGUACUCAAACAAAUCUAGUAGAAAAUUCUACCCAAAAAUAUGUCUAAGAAAAAAUAAACUUGUUAAUUAGUAGGCCAUGGCUCUGCCAUUUGAAAUUCUUUUCCUGCUUCCAUUUUUCCUUUUACCCUUAACUUUUUUCUUCUUCAAAGUUCUCAGAUCAUCCAAAAUCACACAACUUCCACCAGGACCAACACCAUGGCCAGUCAUAGGAAACAUUUUUCAUAUGGGAAAAAUGCCUCAUAUAACUCUGACAAAUUUUGCAAAAAUAUAUGGCCCUCUUAUGUCCCUGAGGCUUGGAAGUCAAUGUCUAGUUGUUGGAUCAUCAUCUUCUACUGCUAUAGAAAUCCUCAAAACCCAUGAUAGAAUUCUGUCAGGGAGACAUGUUCCAAAUGCUGUUCCAGCAAAAAGAUCAGAUCUUGACAAGAUAUCAAUGGGCUGGACUUUUGAGUGUCACAAUGAAUGGAGAUACUUGAGGACUUUAUGCAGAACUGAUCUUUUCUCAGGCAAAGUAUUGGAGUCUCAAGCUUAUUUGAGGGAGAAAAAAGUGAUGGAAUUGGUAGAAUUCUUGAGGUCAAAAGAAGGUCAAGUGGUGAAUAUUGGAGAGCUAGUCUUUGCAACUGUUUUGAACAUGUUGAGUAAUGUUCUGAUAUCUAAAGAUAUGGUUAAUUUGGAGAAAGAAAUAGAAGAUGGUGGGAUUAGAAAUCUAAUAAGGGGAUUAGUGGAAGCAAUCUCAGCUCCAAAUGUAUCUGAUUUUUAUCCAGUUUUAGGUAAAUUAGAUCUUCAAGGUCUGCGAAAAAGAGCUAGAUAUGUAAUGACAGAGAUUCGUUCUAACUGGGAACUGAUUCUUGAAGAAAGAAGGAAAAAUAAAGAGAGUGGUUCUUCUAGCCAACAUGAUUUCUUGGAAGCUCUCCUUGAUAAUGGUCUUACCAAUGAUUGUAUCCACCAGUUAUUUGUGGAGUUAGUCUCUGCUGGUUCAGACACCAGUACCUCAACAAUUGAGUGGGCGAUGGCAGAACUGAUAAAAAAUGUAGAGUCAAUGAAGAAAGUUCAAGAGGAGCUCGAGAUAGAACUCAGUGAAAGUGAUUACCCAAAAGAAUCUCAAUUGCUGCAGAUGUCCUAUGUCCAAGCCUGUGUGAAGGAAACACUUAGGUUGCAUCCUCCAGCACCAUUUCUGCUUCCACAUCGUGCUAUUGAAACCUGCCAAGUGAUGAAUCACACAAUUCCUAAAGACGCUCAAAUCUUGGUUAAUAUCUGGGCUAUCACGAGAGAUCCUUUGAUAUGGGAAGAUCCAGAGAUGUUUAGACCACAGAGGUUUCUGAGUUCCGAUAUGGACUUCAAAGGGAAUGACUUUGAGUUCUUACCCUUUGGUGCAGGAAGGAGAAUAUGCCCAGGCCUGCCAAUGGCUGCAAUAAUAAUUCCCUUACUCCUUGCUUCGCUUGUUCAUUUCUUUGAUUGGGAGCUUCCUCACGGAGAACAUCCCACCGAGCUAGACAUGACUGAAAAGUUUGGAGUAACACUGCAAAAGAAAGAACCGCUGCUUCUGAUUCCCAAGCCCAGAAAAUGACCAUUGAGAUAUACAAUCAGUAUCUCUUAUUUGUGUUAUCCGUUGGAAAGUCUAUCUGCAAUAAAGAACGAUAGAAUGACAACCUACAAAGAAUUUGUUUACCUUUUCCCUCUGUACAAAAUGAACAACAGUUGUGUGUCUAUGACUAAAAGAAGAGCUUUGACAUAAGAACAAUCAAUAAACUUGGCUGAUAAUAAGAGGAUGAACUUCCAUCAGCAUCAAGGGGUGCUUAAACGGGGACUGUGUGCAGCACUGUCGUCCUCUGCUUUGUGAUCCUGUAGUCCUCACAUGAAUACAUCUUCAACAGUUCCCUUUUUGUUAUCCCUGUGCAUUAGAUACAAGUAUUUCUUGUUCUCCUGUAAUAUCGUGUAAUCAUAAACAGAAGUUCUUUUGGUGAUAAGAGACAAGUCAUAGUCCUAUUAAGAUAAGAUCAUGUGUCAAGUUGCAUGAUUUCCAAGUAAAAAUGUUUCACUUGGGUGUACUCUCCUUACCAUUGAUGACAAUGGAAUAGUAUUCACAA